GCCAUUAUAAACGUACCGAUUCGCUGCUUUGAAAGAAAUCAGAUUAGGCGUGGAAUUGUGGCGGCGGCGGCCGUAUCCUCCCGAGCUGCUCCCUAGACGGCGGCCGGUCCUCUACAGGCGGCUCCCCAGCGGCUACCCAGUCGGCGGUCGGGACUCCCAAGACGCCGCUCGUCUUCCUCCCCAGGCGCCAGGCGGCCGCGGCUCGUGUUCGUCCCCAGGCAGCCACGCCUCCUGUUCCUCCCCAGGCGUCAGGCGGCCGUGUCCUCCCCAGCCGUCGGUUCUUGACUUCAUAGGUUUCCUCUGGACCUCAUGUGCAUGGCUGCUUGCUGAUUUUUAGAUAGCAUCACGUUCUGUCCCCUAGCAAAUUAGUCUCUAUGCCUAUGUGUCACAAGGAGGAACAAAGGGCUUUAAUGGGAAUCAGCUUUAGAUUUGCUUGUUCGUUGCCUUCAUUGUUUGGUGCCUGGAAAAAGGAAGUGUGCCUCCAUUAUUAGCUAGCACUUAUUCUGUUAAGAUUCGAAAUGGAUUCAAUUGAAAAUAUUGGACGCAUAGCAGAAACCGUCACUAUAAGAAAUCAUGGAAUAUGGUGCAGCAAAAAGAUAAAUAGGAACUCGUUAUUCUCUAGCUCUAAGCUUGGUAGAUGAAUGGGAGAUUUGAGCUCAAUUAAUUGAUUUGUGGCCUGUAAAGCUCAUCAUUAGCUAUCUGUUAUUUAUGAUGGUUGUGACAACCAGCUUCUCAGCCAUUUAUAGCAAUUAGAGCAGUUUGAUGUUUGUGUGGGGGGUGGUGGUGGGGAGGGGCAUUGUCUUGCUUUGCAGUCUACAUAUGAAUCCUGGUACAGCUUAUUAAGGAAAAACCCAGGGGCGUCUCCCCCCUGUGUUCUAGGUUUUUUAUGAUGAUUGUACCAGAAUAUAUUUAUAUAGCCUAUAUGGAUGCAACCACUAAGAGUAAUUAAUUGCUAAUUUUCUGCAUCCAUGAAGCUGUCAUCUGAAUUGUUCUAAGCCAUGUCAUAUUCAGAGAAAUAUCAAACCCAUAUGUUGUUGUUUCAAACAUUAAUAGUGUAACUUUCUUUUUUAAAGAAAAAACAGACACUAUUACGUCAUUUGUUGAACACAUUAUAAUCUAGUAGGGUAUUUGACACUGGACCAAGAUUGUUUGAGGACACUAUUAAUGAGAUAUGCAAAUGUUACAUAUCUCAUUAAUAUCUGCAAAAAAGAGAUAGAAGAUGACAAUAAGCCCAUGGGAGUUUUCACUAGGACAGGUUGGAAAAAUUUGGUUACAAAGUAUGAAGAAAAAACAGGCCUAAAGCUAACAAAGAAACAAUUGAAGAAUAAGUUGGACAACAUGAAAAAGGAGUAUACAUGGUUCAUGGAGUUCAAGAAUGCGACCACUGGUCUUGGAUGGAAUGAGGCAAAACAAACUGUUGACUGCUCCAAAGAUUGGUGGGAUGAACACCUAGCAAGAUGUAACAAUCCGGAUAAAGGUAUCAAAUGCAACCAUGUUAGGUUCAGAAAACAAGGACCAAAACAUCUUGAUGAUCUACAUAUGUUGUUUGAUAAAAUACAUGUUAGCGGGACAAGUGCAUCAUGUCCUGGAGAUAUUUCAUCUGAUGACUCAAGUGAUGAUGUGCUAGAGAUAGAAAGAACUCCAGAAAAUGAUGAAGUCAAAGUGGUUGUUUCGAAAAGAUCCAAACCAGUGAAAAGGAAACGCAAGGCCUCAUGUACUGCUGCUGAGGAGAAGGAAGAGAAGAGUCCAUUCUUUCGACUAUAUAAGAACACAUGUUUGAAGAUAGAAACAACAGCAGAGAAGAUAUCCACAAGUGUUGAAGCAUCAUCAACACAUCCAACAAGCCAAGUGCCUAGCAUUGCAGAGACUAUGAAGAUGGUGAAAGAUUGUGGGGUUAAAGAGAAAAUAGCUCUAAUGCACACAACUACAUUUUUGAUUGUGAAGCCUGAAUUUAGAGAGGUCUUCUGCAUGCUGGAAACAAAUGAAGGAAGGUUUGACUUACUUGAGAGGGAGCAUGCAAAGGAAAUGAUGAGGCACAUGUAGAAGAUUUUGAAUUAUUUAUUUAUAUUAAUGUGUUGUGAGAACUAUUUGUUUGCUUGCUAUGUAAGCACCAUUUGGAAUGAUGAUAUUGUGUCCAUAAUCUUUGUUUUCUGUGCACAGUUUGCUUUGUUGUGUACAAUUUUGUUUGUUGUCUACCUAUUCAUUUGCUAUUCAAUUUUUGUUAUAAAUAUUAAUAUAUUAAUAUAUUGUGUAGAUGGCUGACAACAUGACAACUUUGGCCAAACAAGCAAACAAGGGUCUAUUGUAUCUUGCUGAACUGUCCCAGCAAGCAGCUGUUAUUGGUGAAAUGGGUGAAGAGUACAAUCAGAGAUACUUGCACAAAGGAGAGUACAGGGAAACCCCAGAAACUGGAAUACAAUGGGUUACGAAUUGCAUGGGUCGUCCAAGGUACUUUUAUAAGAUGUUUCGCAUGAGCACAGAUGUUUUCAUGGCACUACAUGACUUGCUCGUCUCUAGUUACGACUUAACAUCAACUAAUAAUGUAUCAUCAAUGGAGUCACUAGCAAUGUUUUUGUGGAUCGUUGGAGGACCACAAUCAUUUUCACAAGCUGAAAAUCGUUUUACCCGAUCACUAUGGACAGUGCACACCAAAUUUCAUGAAGUACUAAAAUGUUUGCGCAAGUUAUCGAAAGAUAAUAUUAAACCAAGAGAUCCUACUUUCAAAACUGAGCAUGAUAGAAUCAAAGAGGAACGUUUCUGGCCGUAUUUCCAAGGAGCUAUCGGAGCUAUUGACGGUUCACAUGUUCCUGUCACAGUGCCAGCAGCUGAAGUGCUUAACUAUACAUGUCGACAUGGGUAUACAUCUCAGAAUGUGUUAGCAAUUUGUGAUUUUGACAUUAGAUUUAUCUUUGUCGUUGCUGGGUGGCCGGGUUCUGCACAUGACACACGGAUCCUGAAUCAUGCUUUAGCAAAUUUCCCUUCAUUUCCGGUGCCUCCAAAAGGUAAGUAUUAUCUCGUCGACUCUGGUUAUCCAAAUCGACAAGGAUAUCUAGCCCCUUUCAAAGGAAGCACAUACCAUAUACUAGAAUUUCGACUUCGUAAUGGAUGUCCUCCUCAAGGGAAGUAUGAGAUAUUCAAUUUCUUACAUUCAUCUCUUCGAAAUGUUAUUGAGAGGGCUUUUGGAGUCUUGAAGCAGAAGUGGCGUAUUUUGAAAGGCAUUCCAAGUUUUUCUACACGUACACAGAAACAUAUAAUAAUAGCUUGCAUGGCGUUGCAUAAUUUUAUUCGUGACAGCAAUUCAGAAGAUAAGUUGUUUGAUAGAUGUGAUGCUGAUGAGGAGUACUUGGUACAACAGAGUUUCACGUCACAAGCACAAGGAGAUGACAAUCCAGAGGGAGAAAAUGAGAAUACAAUGAAUACCAUUCGCAUUAAGAUAGCUGAUGCUUUGAGUACUGCGAGAGGGAGAUAGUUAUGUUGAAGUAGGAUAUUCUGAAUCAUCAGUUUAUUUAUGUGUCUCCUACAAUGUAGGGUCAUUACACACAUUUUGUACCAAACCUACAAUUUCACAGUUGUUCGAACCAAACGGCUUUCUGCUUUUUUCACAGCUAAUAUUUUACAGCAGCUUUUUCA